AUGUCGUUGAUAGGCGGCGGAUCAGAUUGUUCUGUCAAUGGUAAUGCACUUGCGCAAUUCAACAAGCAUACUCAACAAGAUCGGUCAUUACAACAGCAAACAGCUAAUCAACCUGUAGUACAAAAUGGACAAGGAUUUAGAAAUGAGAGUAUGAUGAACUCGAGAGAGAAACAGCAUUUUGAACAAUUUAUGAACGGUGGAAGUAAUGGUGGACCUGGUGCUGCGUUUCAAUUUCAACCAAUGAGACAAGAGUUGAAUAGAAUCCAACAAACUGUCCAACUGACUCCACUUAAUAAUAACUGGACUCAAGAAUUUCAAUCCCAUUCUCCGUCACCCAUUGCUGUUCAACCAGUGGCUAAAGUUGGUAGUCCUGUUCUGUGGGGUGGUGAAUUCCAACAAGGUAAGAAUGCCCCAGAAAUGGCCAUGACUCAUAAUCAACAACAAUCUACACCUGCCAUGAGAAUGGGAAUGGGUAACUAUAGGCCAAUGAUGGGAAUGCUGAUGAUGCAACGGCCUAUGCAGCAACUUCAGCAGCAACAACAGCAACAGCAACCUGUUCAAAGAGACGCUGAACAAAACCAGCAACUGCAAGUUGAUUGGGAUAAUCAUUUCAAAGAAGUUGAAGAAUUAACCAAAAAUGUUGAGCACGCUAAAGAAGGUGAGCCUGUAGUGAGAGCAGAAUCCCCCGAUUAUGUCAUUGAUGAUAAAUAUCAAGCCACAUUCCAAGAAGUUUGGGAUAAUUUGAAUUCUGAAGCUGUGGAAAAUGAUUUCAUUAACCAACAAUACGAGGAAUUUAAGCACACGCAAAAGGAUCCAUUACCAGCAGAUUUGGCUCAAUGGGAAAGAGAUUUUGCAAAAUAUGCAUCUACAAGAGCUCAUUUUGGGGUUUAUAAGUUUGAAGAGAAGGCUUCUAAUCAAUUUUUGGAUUUGCCUGCAGAUCAAGAUCCUUAUGAGAUUGGAUUACAAUUGAUGGAAAAUGGUGCCAAAUUAUCUGAAGCUGCAUUAGCAUUUGAAGCUGCUAUUCAAAGAAAUGAAAAUCAUGUUGAUGCUUGGUUGAAGUUAGGCGAAGUACAAACUCAGAAUGAAAAGGAAAUUGCAGGUAUUGCUGCGUUAGAAAAGUGUUUGGAGUUACAUCCAGAGAAUUCUGAGGCAUUAAUGAACUUAGCAAUUUCAUAUAUUAACGAAGGAUAUGAUAAUGCUGCAUUUGCUACAUUGGAGAGAUGGAUUUCCACCAAAUAUCCUCAAAUUUCAGAGAGAGCUCGUGAAAAGAACCCAACUAUUUCAGAUGAAGAUAGAUAUUCACUUAAUAAGCGUGUGACUGAAUUAUUUAUGGAGGCUGCUAGAUUAUCACCCAAUCAAGCGAAUAUGGAUGCAGACGUACAAAUGGGAUUGGGAGUAUUAUUUUAUGCCAACGAAGAUUUUGACAAAACUAUUGAUUGUUUCAAGGCAGCAUUAUCAAUUCAACCUAAUGAUGCAGUUUUGUGGAACCGUUUGGGAGCUUCAUUGGCCAAUUCUAACAGAUCAGAAGAGGCCGUUAACGCGUAUUUUAAGGCAUUGGAAUUGAAACCAACAUUUGUGCGAGCUCGAUACAAUUUGGGAGUCUCGUGUAUUAAUAUUGGAUGCUACAAAGAGGCAGCAGAGCAUUUGUUAAGUGGGUUGGCAAUGCAUCAAGUUGAAGGUGUGGAUGCUAAUGGUAGCACGUUGAACCAUAAUCAAUCGACAUCUUUGACAGAAACGUUGAAGCGGGCCUUUAUCGCCAUGGAAAGACGUGAUUUGGUUGAGCUUGUUAAGCCCGGUAUGAAUAUUGACCAAUUCCGUUCAGAAUUCAAUUUUUGA